ACCAAGCUUCCCCUCAGCGCGGGGCCCGAAACCCUCCGUCCGGAGAGCAACCGCCAGUCUUCCGGCGGCGCAGGGGCGCGGAACCCCAAGUGCCGGGCGCCGGUGCUCCGGGGAGCUCUUCUCCGGACGGACGCGCCGCGCGGGGUUGCCGUGGAGACCGAGCGUGCGGCGUGGAUGCCGCGACGCGCUGAGGCGCGGCCUCUGCUGCUUCUCUGAGGAGCGGGCUCCGGGGACCAACGCCGCGAUGAUGCUUUCAAGAGCCAAACCUGCUGUGGGCGGGGACCCGCCGCACGCCGACAGACGGAAGAAGAAAGGCAGGAAGAGUCCCAAACUGGACGAGCUCCUCUCACAGAGAGAUUUCACCGGCGCCAUUACCCUGCUGGAGUUCAAACGUCAAGUUGGAGAACAAGAAGAGGAUACUAAUUUGUGGAUUGGAUACUGUGCUUUUCACCUGGGUGACUACAAGAGAGCUUUGGAGGAAUAUGAAAAUGCAGCAAAAGCAGAAAACUGCAAUCCUGAAGUCUGGGUGAACCUAGCCUGCACCUACUUCUUUCUCGGGAUGUAUAAGCAAGCUGAAGAAGCUGGAUUUAAAGCUCCAAAAAGCCGACUCCAAAACCGUCUGCUCUUCCACUUGGCUCACAAGUUUAACGAUGAAAAAAAAUUGAUGAACUUUCAUCAGAAUCUUCAGGAUAUCACAGAAGAUCAACUCAGUUUGGCGUCAAUCCACUACAUGCGCUCUCAUUACCAGGAAGCUAUUGACAUAUAUAAGCGAAUACUGCUAGAUAACAGGGAGUACCUCGCACUCAACGUUUAUGUGGCCCUCUGCUACUACAAGCUGGACUACUACGACGUCUCUCAGGAAGUCCUGGCGGUCUAUCUGCAGCAGAUUCCCGACAGCACCAUCGCACUCAACCUUAAGGCCUGUAAUCAUUUUCGCCUUUACAACGGCAAGGCAGCUGAGGCAGAACUCAGAAGCUUGAUGGACAAUGCUUCUUCAUCCUUUGAAUUUGCCAAAGAACUCAUCAGGCACAAUCUGGUUGUGUUCCGAGGAGGUGAAGGGGCUUUGCAGGUUCUACCUCCCCUGGUUGAUGUGAUUCCUGAAGCGAGGCUAAAUUUAGUGAUUUAUUACCUUCGUCAAGAUGACGUACAGGAAGCUUACAACUUAAUUAGGGAUCUGGAACCUACCACUCCUCAGGAAUAUAUUCUUAAAGGAGUGGUCAAUGUAGCCCUUGGCCAGGAAACGGGUUCAAGGGAUCAUAUGAAAAUUGCCCAGCAGUUCUUCCAGUUGGUAGGAGGAUCAGCUAGUGAAUGUGACACUAUACCAGGGCGGCAGUGCAUGGCAUCCUGCUUCUUCCUGCUUAAGCAAUUUGAUGAUGUGUUGAUUUACCUCAACUCAUUUAAGAGUUAUUUCUAUAAUGAUGACAUCUUUAACUUUAAUUAUGCACAAGCCAAAGCUGCUACAGGCAAUACCAGUGAAGGAGAAGAGGUGUUCCUCCUCAUCCAGAGUGAGAAGAUGAAGAACGACUACGUCUACCUCAGCUGGUUGGCCCGGUGCUAUAUCAUGAAUAAAAAGCCAAGACUAGCCUGGGAACUUUAUCUCAAGAUGGAAACCUCUAGCGAGUCCUUUAGUAUCUUACAACUCAUUGCUAAUGACUGCUACAAGAUGGGCCAGUUUUACUACUCAGCCAAAGCUUUUGAUGUCCUGGAGAGGCUGGAUCCCAACCCUGAAUAUUGGGAAGGCAAGAGGGGUGCCUGUGUGGGCAUUUUCCAGAUGAUCUUAGCCGGGAGAGAACCCAAAGAGACCCUCCGAGAAGUCCUCCACUUACUGAGAAGCACAGGCAACACCCAAGUCGAGUACAUCAUCCGGAUCAUGAAGAAAUGGGCCAAAGAAAACAGAGUGCCUGUCUGAAAGCCCCCGUCCCUGCAGGCCGCCUCCUUCCACUUCCCAGGAGCAAGGGGCGGGGCUCGGGCUGACUGACAUUUGCCUUCCUUGCCUCUCCCAUCUCAAGGUCAGUGAGUGACUUCCUAGACCCAGCUCCUGGCUGAACAGAGCACUAGUCUACAGCUGUGGCCUGUGUGGCCCUGCCAGCAAUAAGACUUUGAGUUUAUCCGGUGCCUUUCUCCCAGAGAUACGCGGGAUGCUCUUACGUAGGCCCCAACUAUAAAGAGAACAGCUUUUUCCAUGUUAGCGUCUCCUGAUGUCUUCUCCUUGCCAGGUGACAAACUGUGAUACCCAGGAGUCACCAUCGUUCUGUCAUCUUGCUCUUGGCCGUCCUGCACAUUCUCUCAUUGUAGUGGGAAUCCCAUAAAGGGUUCUGUGGCACGUUUCUGUGUCUCGGGGGGACAGAGGUUGCAUGUAGCUGUGUGUUCAAGGGUGGCAGCAAGAUCCUUUACCAAACUCUGCAGUCGUAGACACACCGCAGGCUUAGGGUUUCUGUCUCAGCAGCUGAACUGUUGACAGUAACAGCGUGGUGCAGGGGAGCCAGAGGAGACCAGAGCCUUUAGGGAAUGAGUGAAGGAGCGAGGCACCUCUGCUGGUCAGGAAGUGGCGGCAGUCCCGCCUCCGUUCCCCGGGGCACUCAGAGGGCUUGUGGGAAAGCGGGAUGAAAACCUGAUGCAGAAACAUCUUCAAAUCCAUGUAGUGCUUUCGUGAUACACAUUUUCCAGUAACUUGUGAAGACCUCGUAUUUUAAUAACCAGGCAGAUUAUGUUGUUAAAGGUCUCUCCCGAGUCAGCACCAGUUUUGCAAGUCGGCCUCCCAGGAUCACACACGUGCAGUGUGGGUGUUUAUAGAUGAAAGGGUGAACCGUGAGUUGUGUGGAAUCCUUUGAGGGACCCCCCACUGGCAGACUCUGUCCUCAGAAUCCAGCCCGUGUUCUGAGCUCUCCCCAUGUUAGUCCACUCCACAGCCGAGUUUUCAGAAACCAGACCCACAUCUUUUAUAUAUCAGGUUUUUUGCUUCUUUAGUUUAAGGUGCCCAUAGUUACAGGUCUAGAAAGUUCGGAGCCAUCCCUGGCCAGCAGGGGAUGGGUGGGAAGGGAACUGAUGGAAAGCUGGGAUUCCUGAGGCGCUUCGUUAGUUACUGCCCUUAGCCCCAGAAUCCACUCGUGCUUAAGGAGGUGUAUGGAGGAGGUGGGAACAUGGGAGCCCUAAAGCCUCCGGGGAGAGGGUUAAUGGCCAGAGGCAGGCUUGGGGCUCAGUGCUGCUCAGGGGAGUGCCCGCCUGCCUGGCCUCUGUCUCGCACCGUGUCCAGUCAGCUCGGAGCACGGGGAAUCAGCUGGCCUGAAUGACUACGUUAUUGUUCGUAUCGCCGAAGCUUCUCUGUUCCCUCGUUAUGUUCCUGCCUUGUCGGCCAUAACUGGUUCUCAGCGUCUAGGGUACGAGGUACGUCCCAUCUGGGAAGAACCUGCUACAAUUUUUUGUUGUUCUUAUAAUUCUUACCUCAUUUGAAACAGUGGGAAACACAGUAGUGGAAAAGACAGAUGAACUUCUCAGUAGCUUUUGGCAAUGAAAUUUGUCUUCCAGUGAACUGCUAUGAUUUUAAAAUUUCCUAUACUUGCAAAGCUUUUCCACUGAUGGUGAUUCAUGUUUAAAUGAGCUUUUAUUGAAUUGAGCACUAAAGUUUUUCCCUUACAUUUUCCUGUCUUUUGGGAGAAAAUAUUCCAAAAAUAGCAGAAUUUUAGACUAAUUUUUAAAAGUUUUUAAUCUAUAGAAUUGAGCCAAAAUAAAAAAAAAAAAAACAAUAAAAACUAGCUUAAAGAAAAGUACCAUCCAAUGUUGUUAUUAAGGAUAGCUGCUUGUCUUAGACACAGCUUGGGGGAGAGGGAGGCCCAGGCUCCAGAAUGGGGUGUAACCUGUGCGCUCUGUAGCAGCAGUGUGCUGUGUAUAGUCCUGUACAUUACAUGCACAUGGGAAAGAGCCUUCCACAGCUAUUUUUGUACUUCGAUUACUACGUUCCAUUGUAUUCAAAUUAAAGUUUGUUUUGUUUUUGUUGGA